AAAUAACGACAGUUAAAAAAAUCAUUUAACUGUUACACGUCGAAUUAUUAUGAUGCGAGAUUCCUUGUUUACCAAUGAAUUCUGCUGUGCAAUAGUUUUGCUUUUCGAGAGAUUCAUUCCCAUAUCUAUGGAGAAAUAGCUCAAAAUUUGUUUCUUUAAUUCAGCCAAGCUGGAGAUCAUAAUGCGGGCAGCAUUAUUGAGUGCUGGUAGUGUCCUACUGACACUGGGUGUAGUAGGCAAUGCAUAUUAUCAUAAAAAGCAAUUUUAUCCUUCUGUUGUAUACAUUACUAAAUCGAAUCCUAGUAUGGGGGUCAUUUACAUUCAAGCAUUUGUUUUAGUUCUUUUGUUGGGUAAACUUAUGAGAAAAAUAUUUUUUGGUCAGUUGAGAGCUGCUGAAACAGAACACCUUAUUGAGCGAUCAUGGUAUGCAGUAACAGAGACAUGUCUUGCAUUUACUGUUUUCAGAGAUGAUUUCAGUCCUAAGUUUGUUGCUCUCUUUACGUUACUCCUGUUUUUAAAAUGUUUUCAUUGGCUUGCUGAAGACAGAGUUGAUUAUAUGGAAAGGAGUCCUGUUAUUUCGUUACUUUUUCAUAUCAGAGUUUCAUCUCUUCUUAUUCUUCUUGCUAUUUUGGAUUUUUGUUUUGUCAAUCAUGCAUAUCAGAGUACAGUUACCAAAGGUGCAUCUGUUCAAUUAGUAUUUGGUUUUGAAUAUGCCAUAUUACUGAGUAUUGUCUUCAACAUAUUGAUGAAGUACAUUCUUCAUUUCUAUGAUCUCCAGAGUGAAAAUCCUUGGGAAAAUAAAGCUGUUUUCCUUCUUUACAGUGAACUAGUCAUGGGUUUUUUCAAGGUUGUUUUAUAUUUAUUAUUCAUGACCAUAAUGAUAAAAAUUCACACAUUUCCAUUAUUUGCAAUAAGGCCUAUGUAUUUAAGUUUAAGGGCAUUUAAAAAAGCUGUAAAUGAUGUCAUAAUGUCUCGUCGAGCGAUACGAAAUAUGAAUACUCUAUAUCCUGAUGCAACAGCUGAAGAACUUGCCACCAUGGAUAAUGUUUGUAUUAUUUGUCGUGAAGAGAUGUCUGGAUCUGGAAGUAGCAAAAAGUUGCCUUGCAAUCAUAUUUUCCAUGCAUCAUGUUUGAGAUCAUGGUUUCAGAGACAACAGACCUGUCCGACUUGUCGAAUGGAUGUGCUACGAGUUCCUGCACCUGCUCAACCAGCUCAGAAUGCUCCUGUUCCUGGUGUAGGAAUCCCUGGAGCUCAACAGCAGCAACCACAAGCACCUAAUAUUGCAAAUUGGCCUGGUUUCUUACCUAAUGCUUUUCCUGGAGUAUUUCCUUUUAUGAUGCCACCUGUUCCUCCACAACAACAACAGCCAGCUCCACAAGUUGCUCAUCCUGCAAAUGCUCCUCAAUCUCAACAAGCCUCUGCUCCUGCUGGUGGUCAGCCUGGGCCAUCAACUUCUUCUGGACCUUCUACGUCUGCUGGUACUCAACCUACAAAUGCCCCUCCCUUAUUUAUGCCACCUUUUCCCUGCAUGCCUUUUUUUCUACCUCCACCUCCUCCCAUACCCGCUGCAGAUCUCAGUUCUUUAUCAGUGGAAGAAUUACAAGCCAUGGAAGGACAGGAAAGAGAAAAUCUGGAAGCCAGAAUAAGGUGUUUGCGCAAUAUACAAACUAUGUUAGAUGGUGCUGUGUUACAAAUGCAACAAUAUUCAUCUUUAGUUGCAUCAAUGAGAAGUGUGCCAGUCAGCACUCCAAGUCAAAAUAAUGUGAAAAAUUCCAAUCCUUCUACAAAAACAGAAAGUGGACCAACUAUGAAUGGUCACAUGAGCAGUUCUGAGCACUCUUCACAUGCCAACACAUCAAGCAGCACUGAUCCUGCUGAAGAAUUGCGCCGCCGCCGCUUAGAAUAUCUACAGGGAAAUGCUAGUGCGGCAGACAGAGACGAUAACAGAGAGCAGCACAAUUAAUGUGUUAAUACAGUGAUAGAUUUAUAUGACACUCUGUCCAUUUGUUUAAAUGUUCAAGAACUAUUUUGCUGCAUGAGAGAUUUUGACAAUAAAAAUCUAUAUAAUGCAGCAGUGCAAACUCACUUAUAAAAACUCUUGUCAUAAUGUGUACAUAUUGUAAGUCUGCUAAUAAAAUUUUUUAAGUGUU